CCUCUAGUCAUUCGAUCGAAACCAGCGCACUUCAUCGUUCUGUGUAUCAAAAUGUACAAAGUGAAAAUUACAUCGUUUUCGAUUAUAUGCAUUGCUGCAAUUGCGACAAUUGCUUUUGUCGGAAGUGCUGAAGCAAAUCCUCAACUAGAUAUCCUAGGUGGCUACGACAUGCUGAGUGUGUGCAUCAAUAACUGUGCCCAGUGUAAGAGAAUGUUCGGGGAGUUUUUCGAAGGGCGUCUCUGUGCCGAAGCCUGUAUUCAGUUCAAGGGCAAGAUGGUUCCGGAUUGCGAAGACAUCAACUCGAUUGCACCGUUUCUCACCAAGCUAAACUAGUCCAACCACCGCAACUAUGAGUCUGCAUCUGAAUUAUGGUAGAAUUUGAAUUGCUUUUA